AUGUAUCACCAACGUUCAAAUUCUUGGUGGCCAGAGUACGGCCAAUAUCCUCCACAAGGCUAUUACCAACAACCGCCGCCUCCACCGCAAGGCUACGGCUAUCCCCCGUAUCACACCCCGACUCCGCCAUCGCAUACCCCAUCACCAUAUUCGCAUCACCGCCAACAAUCAUGGAACGACAACCUUCCCCCUCCACCCCCCCAAGUCCCCCAACACUUCGGCCACGGCGCCCCCUCCAACUACCACUUUCAAUACUCCACCUGCACCGGUCGACGCCGCGCCCUGCUUAUUGGGAUCAACUACAUCGGUCAGCCCAACCAGCUGAAAGGCUGCAUCAAUGAUGUCGCCAAUAUGUCAAGGUUCCUGCAUGAGAAGCAUGGCUAUCGACGCGAGGAUAUGGUCAUUCUUACGGAUGACCAGGAGAAUCCCAUGAGUAUGCCGACUAAGGCGAAUAUGAUGCGUGCGAUGCAGUGGUUGGUGAGGGAUGCGCAGCCGAAUGAUUCAUUGUUUAUUCAUUUUUCCGGCCACGGUGGACGAACACCCGAUUUAGACGGCGACGAAGAUGAUGGCUACGACGACGUAAUUUACCCCGUAGACUACCGCACCGCCGGCCACAUCGUCGACGACGACAUGCACGCCAUCAUGGUCCGACCACUCCGCCCAGGUGUCCGGCUAACCGCCAUCUUCGACUCGUGCCAUUCCGGUACAGCCUUAGACCUUCCCUACGUGUACUCGACGCAAGGGGUGUUGAAGGAACCCAAUCUCGCCAAAGAAGCCGCGCAAGAUCUAUUCUCCGCCAUCACCUCAUACGGCAAUGGCGAUCUGUCAAGCAUGGCGGAGACGGCGAUCGGGUUCUUCAAGAAAGCGGCGAUUGGGAGCUCGGCAAGGGAGCGGACGGUCAUGACCAAGACGUCUCCCGCAGACGUGGUCAUGUUUUCGGGGUCAAAAGACACGCAGACUUCGGCGGAUACGUUCCAGGACGGUGAGGCGCGAGGAGCAUUGAGUUGGGCGUUUAUCAAGUCACUAGAACGGUGGCCAUAUCAGAGUUACCUGCAACUGUUGAAUACGAUCCGGUCGGAACUAGAAGACCGGUAUACGCAGAAGCCACAGCUAAGCUCCAGUCACCCCUUAGAUACCAAUUUGCGAUUCACCAUGUAG